CCGGCCCCAGCGGCCCCCGGCGCCAUUGACGAGCGGGACGGGCCGCGUUGUGCCGGGCCGCGCUGCGAGGGGACACGGGCAGGCAUUUCUAUAACCAUGAGAGAAAGAAACGGAGAAUGAUGGCAGAAUCGUAAAAAUCAUCUUCUCAAGGCACAGUCAUGUUGGAAGGUCUUGUAGCGUGGGUUCUCAAUACCUAUUUGGGCAAAUAUGUCAAUAACCUGAACACAGAUCAACUCUCUGUGGCCCUUCUCAAAGGUGCUGUUGAGCUAGAAAAUUUGCCCCUCAAGAAAGAUGCCUUGAAGGAACUGGAAUUGCCGUUUGAAGUGAAAGCAGGUUUCAUUGGGAAGGUAACAUUACAGAUCCCCUUUUAUCGCCCCCAUGUGGACCCCUGGGUGAUCUCCAUCUCCAAGCUCCAUUUAAUUGGCGCCCCUGAAAAACUACAGGACUUCAACGAUGAAAAGGAGAAAUUACUGGAAAAAGAGCGAAAAAAAGCACUACUUCAAGCCUUGGAAGAAAAAUGGAAAAAUGAACGUCAGCAGAAAGGAGAAUCCUACUGGUAUUCAGUUACUGCGUCUGUGGUCACAAGAAUUGUAGAAAAUAUUGAAUUAAAAAUUCAAGAUGUCCAUUUGCGGUUUGAAGAUGAUGUCACUAAUCCCUCCUGCCCUUUUGCAUUUGGCAUCUGCAUCAAAAAUGUUUCCAUGCAAAAUGCCAUGAAUGAACCUGUACAAAAAUUAAUGAGGAAAAAGCAAUUAGAUGUAGCCGAUUUCAGUAUCUACUGGGAUGUCGAUUGCACUUUAUUGGGAGAUCUGCCUCCAGUGGAUUUACAGGAGGCGAUGGAUAAAAAUAUGGAGAGCCGUGAUCACCACUAUAUCUUGGAGCCUAUCUGCACUUCUGCCCUUUUGAGAAGAAACUGCUCCAAGGAGCCUCUGAGGUCCCGCCAAACUCCCCGAUUAGAGUGUGAUAUCCAGCUAGAAACCAUUCCGUUGAAGCUUUCUCAGCUGCAAUACCGGCAAAUCAUGGAGUUCUUAAAGGAGUUGGAACGAAAAGAAAGACAGCUAAAAUUCCGAAAAUGGAAACCAAAGGUGGCAAUAUCUGAAAACUGCAGAGAAUGGUGGUAUUUUGCUCUGAAUGCCAAUAUGUCUGAGAUCCGAGAGCAGAGGGAGCAUUCUACUUGGGACUUUGUUUUGCACAGAGCCCGCGAUGCUGUGUUUUACACUGAGAGGUAUUUCAGUAAGCUGAAAGGAAUUCCACUGUCUGCAGACGAAGAGGGGGAAAUAUGUCGUAUUGAGGAAGAGCAGUCCUUUGAGGAGCUGAAGAUCUUGCAUGAGCUGGUACAUGACCGAUUCCACAAGCAGGAAGAACUGGUGGAGAGCUUGCGGGAGCCUCUCUCGGAUUCUCCAGGAGUUUCUCCCGUGGAUCCAGCAGCCAGUGGUGGCAGUGGGAUGCUACAGUACCUUCAGUCUUGGUUUCCUGGUUGGGGUGGCUGGUCUGGUCAACAAACCCAGGAAGGGAGACAAAUUGAGGGAUUGCCUCCAGAGCAGGAACAAUGGAAUCCUGAAGAAAUAUUAGGCACCGAUGAAUUUUUUGAUCCAACUGCAGAUGCCUCUUGCAUGAAUACAUUUACUAAGCGAGAUCAUGUCUUUGCUAAACUGAAUUUGCAGCUGCAGGGUGGCACAGUGACAUUGUUAUACCAGGAGAAAGGGACUCCUCAAACAAAUGAAACUGCCUUCAUAAAGCUUGAGUUUUCAGGGGUAAAACUGUUGGCAGAAUCUCUUCCUCGUCGAAAUUCUUCCUUACUCUUAGUUCGUUUGGGUGGCCUCUUUCUUCGAGAUCUGGCGACAGAAGGAACCAUAUUUCCCCUUCUUGUUUCUCCUAAUCCGCAAAAAGAAGUUGGAAGCGCCUCGCAAUUCUUUGGUCUCCAGACAUCUUCAGAAAGGAGUGAGCCCUGCCCUGCUGCUGAUCCUGAUGCUCCCGUAUUUGAGAUGCUCUAUGAGAGAAACCCGGCCCACAGCAAUUUUGAGAGACGGUUGAAUGUCAGCACUAGACCUUUGAACAUCAUUUACAACCCCCAAGCCAUUAAGAAAGUAGCAGAUUUUUUCUACAAGGGAAAGGUUCAUGCAUCAGGUUUUGGCUAUCAGUCUGAACUUGAGUUGAGAGUGGCCGAAGCUGCCCGAAGACAGUAUAACAAGCUGAAGAUGCAAACUAAGGCAGAAAUCCGGCAAACCAUUGACCGUUUGUUAGUGGGUGAUUUCAUUGAUGACAGCAAACAUUGGUCAGUGCGGUUGGAUAUUUCUGCCCCUCAGGUGAUAUUCCCCGAUGAUUUCAAAUUCAAGAAUCCGGUGUUAGUCGUAGUGGACUUGGGGAGAAUUUUACUAACCAAUACUCAAGAUGAGUUUAAAAAGAAAACUGCCCAAGGUUCAUCAUCUGAGACAAAUGAGCUGAGUGAUGAGGAGUACAAGACACCUCUUGCCACACCUCCGAAUACUCCACCACCUGAAGCCAGUCCCAGUAACGAGGCAAAAACCCCUCCAUUUGCAGGAGUUGGGUUCAGCGAAGAGCAGCUUCAGGCCCGUUUGAUGAGCACAAAAAUGUAUGAAAGAUACUCAUUGUCCUUCCUGGACCUCCAGAUCAUGGUCGGGCGAGUGAAUGACAACUGGAAACACGUUCAGGAGAGUGAUGUGGGCCCAACGCAUGUGGUGGAGAAAUUCAAUGUCCACCUGCAAUUAGAACGUCGGUUGAUUUAUACUUCAGAUCCCAAAUACCCAGGAGCUGUCCUCUCUGGCAGUUUACCAGACUUGAAAAUCCAUAUUAAUGAAGAUAAAAUAUUCGCUCUGAAGAAUUGCUUUGCACUUUUGAGCACCUCAGAAGCAAAGUCUUCAGACACCCUGAUCAAGGAGAAGAUUUUUAACGAAGAGGACCCGGCUGGGAGCUUGCAAGACUCAGUAAUGAACUUAACCCAAAGCAUCGUGAUAUUGGAACAGCACACCCGGGAGGUCCUGGUAGAGUCACAACUACUUUUAGCUGAAUUUAAAGUUAACUGUAUGCAGCUGGGUGUGGAGAGUAAUGGUCGUUAUAUCUCUGUACUCAAGGUAUUUGGUACCAAUGCUCAUUUUGUAAAGAGGCCUUAUGAUGCCGAGGUAUCCCUAACUGUGCAUGGUUUAUUACUGGUAGACACCAUGCAGACCUAUGGCUCUGAUUUUGACCUUCUCAUGGCUUCACACAAGAACUUGAGCUUUGAUAUUCCAACAGGAAGCCUUCGGGAUAGCAGGGCUCAAUCUCCCAUUUUGGGACCGAGUGGAGUCCAUGUAUUUGACGCAGCUGCUCUGAAUGACCGUUGCUUCGCGGCCGCUAACGUUUCGCUCGACAACAUUCUCACCAAAGAUCAAGAGUCUCUCAUUAAGUUGGAGUACCAAUUUGUGAGUUCUGAAUGCCCUUCAAUGAAUUUGGACAGCACACUCCAGGUAAUAUCGCUUCAGGUGAAUAAUUUGGAUAUCAUUCUGAACCCGGAAACGAUCGUGGAGCUGAUUGGCUUUCUGCAAAAAUCCUUCCCCAAAGAGAAGGAGGAUGCCAGCCCCCAGCCUUCAGUGAUGGAUUUUGAGAGAAGUUUUCAGGAGCAGGAAACCUAUCAGUUGACUUACGAGCAAAAUACAGAGGUAGCGGUAGACAUUCACAGACUGAACCUGCUACUCUUCAGGACGGUGGGAAUGACAAAUGGAGAAAAAUAUGGCCGAAAAAUUGCAACUGCAAGUAUUGGUGGCACCAAAGUUAAUGUUUCAAUGGGGAGCAGGGUUGAUGUGAACGGGUCACUUGGUUGCUUGCAGCUUAUGGACCUGACACAAGAGAAUGUCAAGAAUCAGUAUGUGGUCAGCAUCGGGAACACACUAAGCUACGAAAACAUCAUCAGUGACAUUGGCCACUUUGAGUCAGUCUCUGUUAAAAUGGAGGACACAGGCCUCACGGAAGCCUUAAGCUUCACAUUCAUUGAAAAGUCGAAGCAGGAGUGUUCCCUCAACCUCAAAAUGGCCUCGCUGCAUUAUAAUCAUUCGGCCAAGUUUUUGAAAGAGUUAACAUUAUCCAUGGAUGAACUUGAAGAGAAUUUCCGGAUCAUGCUGAAAAGUGCCGCCACUAAAGUCACCACCGUGUUGGCCACCAAAACGGCCGAGUACAGUGAAAUGGUCUCUCUCUUUGAAACUCCGCGGAAGCCCCGGGACUCUUUUAACGUAGAAGAGAAUGUGAUGUGUGGAUUGGACCCAACCACAGUAGCUACAGACACUGUCAAGCUCAUCUUAAAUGUGAACAUAGAAUCUCCCGUUGUUUCCAUACCCCGUAAGCCCGGAAGUCCCGAACUGUUGGUAGGGCACUUGGGCCAAAUCUUCAUUCAGAAUUUUGUGGCGGGAACAGAUGAGUCAAGAAGUGACCGGCUGCAGGUGGAAAUUAAAGACAUCAAACUGUACUCUUUGAACUGCACCCUACUGGGAGGCAGGAAGGGGUCCGGAUCUGAAGCCAGCCAAACACCCCGUCCACCCUCUGGGGCGGCCAGUGCCAGUAGCCAGGAAGAUACGUAUUUCACUCGCCAUGAUUUUUUUGAGUCACUGCAAAGAGGUCAAGCUUUCCACAUACUGAACAACACCACCAUCCAGUUUAAAUUGGAAAAGAUCCCAGUGGAGAGAGAAUCUGAGUUGACCUUCUCCCUUAACCCUGAUGACUUAGGAAUUUCCAGCAUUAUGAAGAUAGAAGGAAAAUUUGUCAACCCAGUUCAGGUGGUGUUGGCCAAACAUGUGUAUGAGCAAGUUUUGCAAACCCUUGACAAUCUAGUCUACAGUGAAGACUUGAAUAGGUUUUCAUCCAGCACUACCUCAUCCCCAUGUGCCAGUUCCCCUCCCACUUCCCUCAAUGUAGGCAGUGAGCUCUCCAGCGAACGAAAAGAAAAUGGGCUGUUUAGCCAUUCGAGCUUUUCUAAUGCUUCUCAGAAGUCCUUAUCUGUAAGGGAAAUCAAAGCCUUUACCCAGAUACAAGCCAAUUUUCACAUUGCAGAACUUCAGGUCCAGCUAAGUGGUGAUCUUACCCUGGGGGCUCAGGGCCUUGUUAGCUUAAAGUUUCAAGAUUUCGAUGUUGAGUUCAGUAAAGAUCACCCUCAGACUUUGUCCAUUCAGAUUGCAUUGGGUUCUCUGCUGAUGGAAGACCUGUUGGAGAGGAAUCCGGACUCUAAGUAUAAGAACCUGAUGAUGUCUCGGGGAGCACCCAAACCAUCCAACUUGGUGCAUAAAGAAUAUCUUUCCCAGUCUUGCCCUUCAGUGUCCAAUGUGGAAUAUCCCGAUAUGCCCCGGUCUCUGCCUUCCCAUAUGGAAGAAGCCCCCAAUGUCUUUCAGCUGUACCAAAGGCCUAUUAGUGCAUCUCGGAAAAAGCAAAAGGAUAACAAAGAGGAGGACUACCCCUUGACCCCGCCUCCCUCCCCGACAUUAGAUGAGCCCAGGGUGCUUUGUGGAAAGAGUAACUUCGAUGAUUCCUUGGUUCAUAUCAAUGUAUUCCUGGUGGACAAAAAGCAUCCAGAAUUUUCUUCUAGCUACAACUGUGUCAACCGGAGCAUCGAUGUUGAUUUCAACUGUCUGGAUGUGCUGAUCACCCUGCAAACCUGGGUGGUGAUAUUGGACUUUUUUGGGAUCGGAUCUACCGCAGACAAUCAUGCUAUGAAAUUGCAGCCUGAAGACGUUCAGCAGACCGUCAGGUCAGAGGCAAACGCUGCACCAGAAUCUGAUCUCCAGGAUCCAGUGAACACCAAGUUAGACCUCAAGGUUCAUUCCCUGUCACUUGUGCUGAAUAAGACUACCAGUGAAUUAGCUAGAGCUAACGUGUUCAAACUUAUUGCUCACUGGGAAAUGAUUGAGGGAGAUCUGACCUUACAGGGAAGCAUCGGAAGCCUGUCUCUAAGUGACCUUACCUCCCAUGGAGAGUUUUACCGAGAACGGUUUACGACAAGUGGGGAAGAAGCACUCAUCUUCCAGAUUUUCAAAUACGGACGACCCGAUGUAUUACUCCAGAGAGAGCACGAUGUCCGUGUGAGCCUCCAGAUGGCCUCUGUUCAGUAUGUGCAUACUCAGCGCUUUCAGGCAGAGGUGGUGGCUUUUAUCCAGCACUUCACUCAGCUGCAAGAUGUCCUGGGACGCCAGAGAGCCGCCAUCGAGGGCCAGACGGUGAGGGAUCAAGCCCAGCGGGGUUCCCGGGUUCUCCUGGAUAUUGAGGCUGGCGCUCCUGUUCUCCUCAUCCCAGAAAGCUCCAGAUCUAACAAUCUCAUCGUAGCAAAUCUGGGGAAAUUGAAAGUCAAGAACAGAUUUCUCUUUGCAGGCAGCUCUGGAACGUUCUCAUUACAAGACAAGGAGUCAGUUCCCUUAUCUUCUCCUCAGGAUACUCCCAAGCACAGCAUGAAGAAAACAGUAAGUGUAGAAGACUCGAAGGGGAGUCCAUCAGAAGGGCUCUUCAUGGGCUCCCCAGCCGGGGAGAACAUUGCUCGACUGAAGAGUGAGCCCAUGCUCAGUGCCCUGACCAAACAGCAAGCAAAAUCACCUGCCAGCCAAAUUCCUCAUAGUCCAGAGGAGCAUAUUUGUCUGUUGGACUGUAUUGUGGUGGAUCUGCAGGAUAUGGACAUCUUUGCUGCAGAGAGACAUCCUAAGGAGUAUUCUAAGACUUUGGAGGACACCAGUGGAGAUCUUGUCUUUCCCUCCUACUCUGUCAGACAGACAGGAGGCAGCCUCUUAACUGAACCCUGUAGGCUCAAAUUGCAAGUGGAGAGGAACUUGGACAAGGAGAUAAGUCAUAUGGUGCCAGACAUAUCAAUUCGUGGCAACCUCUCCUCAGUCCACUGCUCCCUGGAUUUGUGUAAAUAUAAGCUGAUUCGAGGUCUAUUAGAGAACAACCUUGGAGAGCCCAUAGAGGAAUUUAUGCGACCUUACGACUUACAAGACCCAAGAAUUCAUACUGUGCUAAGUGGAGAAGUGUACACUUGUAUGUGUUUCCUCAUUGACAUGGUAAACGUAAGUCUGGAACUUAUAGAUUCGAAAGGAAAAGAAGAAACUGGUUCUUUAGCCAGAUUUGACUUUAAGAAAUGUAAGCUGCUCUUUGAAAGUUUUUCAAACCAAACCAAGUCCAUAAAUCUGGUUUCCCAUUCGAUGAUGGGUUUUGACACCCGUUAUGCUGGCCAGAAGACAAGCCCAGGCAUGCCAAAUGUGUUCAACUGCAUCUUCCAACCCUCCAAGACUAGUCCCGCCCAUGGGUCCAUUCAGAUUGAACUGCAUUUCAGAUCUACUAAGGAUUCCUCCUGCUUCACAGUUGUCCUGAACAACCUCCGGGUGUUCCUCAUAUUUGACUGGCUGCUGCUGGUUCAUGAUUUUCUUCAUACUCCCAGUGAUGUGAAGAAACUGGAAAAUGUUACUCCUCCGCGUCAGCGCCAUUACAGCAGUGAAACGGCUGUGGUUCCCAAAGCUGUGAAAAGUGGAGUGGUGACCAAACGGUCUUCCCUUCCUGUGUCUACGGAGAGGCACCUGGAGGUCAAGAUUAAUGUAACAGGUACUGAAUUUGUGGUGGUUGAAGACACAUCCUGCUUUGAUACGAAUGCCAUUAUCCUGAAAGGGACCACCGUGCUCACAUACAAACCCAAAUUUAUAGAUCGCCCUUUUUCGGGCAGCUUGUUUGGCAUUGAGGUUUUUUCAUGCCGCCUGGGGAAUGAGCAGGACACGGCCCUGUCCAUUGUGGAUCCAGUGCAAAUUCAAGUUGAAUUGGUGGGGAAUUCUUCCUAUAAGAACAGUUCUGGAUUGAUGGAUGCAUUUAAUAGUGAAGACUUCCCGCCCAUUCUGGAGAUUCAUUUACAGGCGCUGGAUAUCAGACUCUCUUAUAAUGAUGUUCAGCUGUUUCUUGCCAUUGCAAAAUCCAUCCCAGGACAAACCAGCAUUGCAGUGCCAGACACUGAGGUCUUGGAAGGAGAUUCUGUUGUUAGUAACCUUUCUGGUUCAACCCGGAUGAAUGAGGCCUCGUCAUCGGCUUCUGAAAACAGAGACUCCACUAGGCAUGUCUUGGAUCCUGUCCUGGAGCUGCAACUGAUACACCUGCAGGAACUGGGUUUUAGUAUGGAAGACUGUCGCAAAGCUCUCUUAGUGUGCCAAGGCCAGUUAAAAAAAGCCGCAAGUUGGUUGUUUAAGAAUGCAGAACCUUUGAAGUCUCCCUCACUGGCCUCUAGUAAUAGAGAUAGCCAAGGAACCGUGUCAACACAGUUGAUAUCUGGGGUGGAGAUUAAAGCUGAAAACGUGUGCAUCUGUUUUAUUGAUGACUGCAUGGACUGCGAUGUUCCCCUUGCUGAGCUGACCUUUUCCCGUUUGAAUUUUCUACAGCAUGUGAGAGCAAGCCCUGAAGGGUAUGCACAUUUUACUCUCUCUGGAGAUUAUUAUAACCGUGCACUCUCGGGCUGGGAGCCAUUUAUAGAGCCGUGGCCAUGUUCUGUAUUCUGGCAGCAGCAGUCAGCCAGCCGACUCCACCCUCCUAGGCUGAAGUUAGAAGCCAGGGCCAAACAUCGUCUAGAUGUCAACAUCACCUCAGUCCUCAUGGAUCAGUAUGUCAGCACCAAGGAGUCAUGGAUGGCCGAUUACUGUAAGCAGGAUAAGGAAGAGGGAGCCACAAAAUCAGAAGGUUGGAUGGGGUCGUCUGUGGAUCCUCCGAGCUUUGGACAGAGCCUCCCCCUUGUCUACCUUAGAACUAGGAGUACAGCCAGUCUGACUAACCUAGAACACCAGAUCUAUGCUAGAGCUGAAAUGAAAACUCCAAAGCGAAGGCAGCCCUUUGUCCCCUUUGCACUGAGGAAUCACACGGGAUGCACACUGUGGUUUGCCACGCUAACAACUACUCCUACCCGGGCAGCCCUAUCUCACAGCGGAAGCCCAGGCCUCGUUCCCGAAGGAAACCGAACGUUCAUUGAUGAUGGUCACAAUGUCAGCGAGUGGCGGGAAGUACUCACAGGAGAAGAGAUUCCGUUUGAAUUUGAGACUAGAGGAAAGUUAAGGCACAGGCACACCCAUGACCUCAGAAUUCACCAGCUGCAAGUGAGAGUGAAUGGCUGGGAACGAGUGAGCCCGGUGUCCGUGGACAAAGUUGGAACCUUUUUCCGAUACGCAGCCCCUGACAAGAAUUCAUCGUCAUCCACCAUUGGCAGUCCAAGUAGCAGGACAAAUAUAAUACAUCCCCAGGUCUAUUUCUCUUCACUGCCCCCUGUUCGGGUGGUCUUUGCCGUGACCAUGGAAGGCAGCGCAAGGAAGGUGAUCACUGUGCGCUCAGCCCUGAUCGUGAAGAACAAGCUGGAGUCGCCAAUGGAACUGAGGCUGGACAGCCCGUCGGCCCCUGACAAACCUGUAGUGCUUCCAGCAGUCAUGCCAGGAGAUUCGUUUGCCAUCCCAUUGCACCUCACCUCCUGGCGGUUGCAAGCCAGGCCCAAAGGAAUGGGAGUGUUUUUUUGUAAAGUUCCCAUUCACUGGACCAAUGUCGUGAAGUCAGCUGAAGUUAGUAGCAGCAAAAGAGAGUGCCAUUCUAUGGAUACAGAAAACAGCCGGUUUUUCAGGUUCUGUGUGGCUAUAAAGAAAGAAAAUUAUCCAGAUUACAUGCCCUCAAACAUAUUUUCUGACAGUGCUAAACAGAUUUUCAGACAGCCUGGGCAUACCAUUUAUCUCUUGCCAACUGUGGUAAUCUGUAACUUGCUACCUUGUGAACUCGACUUUUAUGUUAAGGGGAUGCCAAUUAAUGGGACACUGAAACCUGGCAAAGAGGCAGCCUUGCACACAGCUGAUACAUCUCAGAACAUUGAGCUGGGGGUGUCGUUAGAAAACUUUCCACUUUGUAAAGAGCUACUCAUUCCUCCUGGCACCCAAAACUAUGUAGUGCGAAUGCGACUAUAUGAUGUCAACCGACGGCAAUUCAACCUCACUAUACGUAUUGUCUGUAGAGCAGAAGGGUCUCUAAAGAUCUUCAUUUCUGCCCCAUACUGGCUAAUCAACAAAACUGGGUUACCGCUGAUCUUCCGACAGGACAAUGCCAAGACAGAUGCUGCAGGGCAGUUUGAAGAACAUGAACUGGCCAGGAGCCUGAGCCCACUUUUAUUCUGCUAUGCUGAUAAAGAGCAGCCAACUCUCUGCACAAUGCGGAUUGGCAGGGGAAUUCAUCCUGAAGGCAUGCCCGGCUGGUGUCAGGGUUUUUCACUGGAUGGAGGCAGUGGGGUCCGAGCCCUUAAAGUAAUUCAGCAAGGAAACCGACCUGGUCUGAUUUAUAACAUCGGCAUUGACGUCAAGAAAGGUCGAGCACGUUAUAUCGACACCUGCAUGGUCACCUUUGCACCCCGCUAUCUACUAGAUAAUAAAUCAUCCCACAAACUUGCUUUUGCCCAAAGAGAAUUUGCCAGGGGGCAGGGAACUUGCAACCCUGAGGGCUAUCUUUCCACCCUUCCUGGUUCCAGUGUGGUGUUCCACUGGCCCCGAAAUGAUUAUGACCAGCUACUGUGCGUCAGGUUGAUGGACAUUCCCAACUGUAUUUGGUCUGGAGGCUUUGAGGUCAACAAGAAUAACUCCUUCCAUAUCAAUAUGAGGGACACCCUGGGCAAAAGUUUCUUCCUACGAGUGGAAAUUACCCUCCGAGGUGCCACGUACCGAAUCGCAUUCAGUGAUACCGAUCAGUUACCCCCUCCUUUUCGCAUAGACAACUUUUCCAAGGUCCCUGUUGUCUUUACUCAGCACGGGGUGGCCGAGCCCAGGCUCCGCACUGAAGUGAAACCCAUGACCUCAUUGGAUUAUGCGUGGGAUGAACCCACCCUGCCACCUUUCAUCACACUGACAGUUAAAGGAGCAGGCUCCUUGGAAAUCAGCUGCAGCAUGAAUGAUUUCCAGGACAACCAACAGCUUUAUUAUGAAAACUUCAUUUACAUCGCCGCGACACACACGUUCUCAGGUUUGCAGGAGGGAACCGGAAGACCGGGUGCUUCCAACAAGGAUGUUGCAUGUGCAGAGCUCGUCCUCGAUGUCUCUCCGAAGACCCAAAGAGUCAUACUAAAGAAAAAGGAGCCAGGGAAACGAUCCCAACUGUGGAGAAUGACCGGGACUGGCAUGCUGGCUCACGAGGGUUCUUCGGUGCCUCAUAACCCCAAUAAGCCUUCAACUUCCCAAACCACGAAACCUUCUGCCAUUUUAGAUAUUGCCGGCCUUGCAGCUGUCACUGAUAACAGGUACGAGCCCCUGAUGUUGAGAAAGCCAGAUCCACGGCGAAGCACAACCCAGUCAUGGAGUUUCCAAGAUGGGAAGUUGACCUGUGGGUUGCAUGGGCUCGUUGUUCAGGCAAAAGGAGGACUGUCAGGUUUACAUGAUGGGGCUGAAGUUGUCCUUGGUCCUGACACUGCUCUGGAACUCUUGGGACCAGUUCCACCUGAACAACAAUUUAUAAACCAGAAGAUGAGGCCUGGUUCUGGGAUCUUAUCAAUCAGAGUCAUCCCAGAUGGCCCUACGCGAGUUCUCCAGAUAACAGACUUCAGCCAAAGAAGAAGUGACCGUUUAUCAUAUGAAGUGGAUGAACUUCCUGUUAACGAACAAGAGCUGCGGAAGUUAAAGAAUCCAGAUACAGAGCAGGAGCUGGAAGUGCUAGUGAAAUUGGAAGGGGGGAUUGGAUUGUCCUUAAUUAACAAAGCCCCAGAAGAACUGGUUUUUACAAGCCUCAUGGGAAUUAAUGUUCACUAUACACAGUUGGCAACUAGUCAUAUGCUGGAGCUCAGUAUACAGGAUGUACAGAUUGAUAAUCAGCUCAUUGGUACCACUCAGCCUUUUAUGCUGUUUGUGACUCCUCCAAGCAAUGAGAAUGAAAUUGUCGAGACUGGUCCAGCUGUGCAAGUCAAUGCAGUGAAGUUCCCCAGUAAGAGUGCACUGACCAAUAUCUACAAGCAUCUAAUGAUCACGGCUCGGAGAUUCACGGUGCAAAUUGAGGAGAAACUGCUCCUAAAGCUGCUGAGUUUCUUUGGCUACGAUCGGGCAGAAUCAGAGGUGGAAAGUUAUGAUGAAAACCUCCACGAAAAGACGGCUGAACAGAGCGGGACACCGAAUCGAUACUACUUUGAAAAUCUUAAAAUCAGCGUGCCCCAAAUCAAACUGAGUGUGUUCACUUCCAACAAGCUUCCCUUAGAUCUCAAGGCCCUGAAAAGCACACUGGGUUUUCCAUUGAUCCGAUUUGAGGAUGCAGUGAUUAACCUAGACCCAUUCACCAGGGUCCACCCUUAUGAAACCAAGGAAUUUAUCAUUAAUGAUAUCCUCAAACACUUUCAAGAGGAACUCCUGAGUCAGGCGGCCAGGAUCCUCGGUUCAGUGGAUUUCCUUGGCAAUCCUAUGGGGCUUCUGAAUGACGUUUCAGAAGGUGUUACCGGACUGAUAAAAUAUGGAAAUGUUGGAGGCCUUAUCCGUAAUGUUACACAUGGAGUAUCAAAUUCAGCUGCAAAGUUUGCGGGCACUUUAUCAGAUGGUUUAGGGAAGACCAUGGAUAACCGGCAUCAAACUGAGCGAGAGUAUAUUCGAUAUCAUGCCGCAACAAGUGGCGAGCACCUGGUAGCCGGGAUCCAUGGGCUAGCACACGGUAUCAUUGGUGGACUGACCAGUGUAAUAACCUCAACGGUAGAAGGUGUGAAAACAGAAGGGGGAGUCAGCGGUUUUAUAUCAGGCCUUGGGAAAGGGCUGGUUGGCACAGUUACGAAGCCAGUUGCCGGUGCCUUGGAUUUUGCAUCAGAAACAGCUCAGGCCGUGAGAGACACUGCCACGCUCAGUGGCCCCAGGACACAAGCCCAGAGAGUACGGAAACCACGUUGCUGUACAGGUCCUCAAGGCCUCCUGCCCCGAUACUCAGAAAACCAGGCAGAAGGCCAGGAGCAGUUAUUCAAGUUGACAGACAACAUUCAAGAUGAGUUUUUCAUAGCAGUGGAGAAUAUCGACAGCUACUGCGUGCUCAUCUCCUCCAAAGCAGUUUACUUCUUGAAGAGCGGAGACUACGUAGACCGGGAGGCCAUUUUCCUGGAGGUCAAGUACGAUCAUCUCUUCCACUGCCUGGUGUCCAAGGACCAUGGGAAAGUGUAUGUCCAGCUGACCAAGAAAGCGGUGAACCCCAGCAGUGGAGUAGCGAUCCCAGGGCCGUCACACCAGAAGCCCAUGGUCCAUGUGAAAUCCGAGGUCCUUGCAGUCAAAUUAUCCCAAGAAAUAAACUAUGCAAAGAGCCUUUACUACGAACAGCAGCUUAUGUUGCGACUCAGCGAGAAUCAAGACCAGCUGGAGCUGGACUCCUGAACACUCCCACUGCCAGAGUGAGAAUGUCCCAGACCUGCCCCUAAGACAUUCAGGAGUGAAGAGACCUAUUUUUUGGCUGAAUUGAAAGAGAGAACAAGAAUAGGUUGCGGGGAAGGCAUCCUUGGGCAGUGAGGGAAAGCAGUGCACUACUCAGCCAGACAAACUUGAAAGCCAGGAGUCACAUUUACCAUUUGAGGGCACUUUAGAUUAUGGGGGAAGAAUUUUCAAAGGUGAUGGUGAGAGUAAUAUUAAAAAAAUCUACAUUUGAAUUGAAUUAUUAGAAUGCCCUGUAUUUUGCUAACGUGUAUAUAUGUACAACUGUGUGUUUGUAAAUAUGAAAGAAUGUUUCAGAAUAUGGGCCGGGGAUGUAAAGGUUUGUUUACUGUAAAACAGUUCGUACUCUACUGAAUCUUCUAUUGCACUAAUUCUAUGCAUCUUCUACAGGACACUGUGUGAGUGGUAGAAGGGUAUUCUUGAGAGCGAAGGAAUGUUCAUGUUCUUUAAAAAUAUGUAUAUAUAUAUAUAUAUAUCUUCCCAGGAGACUUGAGUGGCGGGUGCAUAAUCCAGUGGUCUAAAGAGCUGAACUUCAAGGGAAAAAUAUUAUUGAUUGUCCAAACUGGGGGGUGCAGCCUGUUCCCUGGCAUUCAAAACCAAAAAUUCCCUUUCGUGCUCAAAUUUGGGUGUGGGUGUGACCCUCUGAGGCUUUGCCUGUGGCUUGGGGGCCACCUGACUUCCUGUGUCCUGACUCCAAAUCCACUCUCAGCUAAGGAGCCGGGCUCUGGAGGUCCAAUUGGUUGGUCCAAUUGAAGCCCUGAGCCUCUUUGUAAUUUUGUCCCAAAUGGAAGGAUUUUGUCAUUUAGGGAACAAUUUUUUCUUCUUUGGGCUGCCCAAAGCAUGGAAACUUUGAUAGAUUUGGGAUAAUUUGGUUUUCCUCCCUGAAAAAGAGUUGGCUUUCUGGGACCUAUCCCUUGGACUUGUAGAAGUGCCUCUAAGCACUGCUAAAGUGGGUGGAUCAGGCAUGGGUUGGAGUAGUAAUGACUCUCUGAAGCAGCCAUUAAUUUUUUUUUCAAAUCUACAUCAAACGUUAGUCAAUCUCCUCUCCUCGAAGAGAAAAGCAGGACAUAAAAAGAUCCUGCUCUUCCAAGUUGUUUCCCAUGAACUCACCCGUUUGCUGGAGUACUAGUCCCCAAAUGGGAGGGGGAAGUGACCUCCAGGUCCAGAAGCAUACUGGGAGAAAGGGAAGGAGCCUCUCGUGUUGGCUCUUCAUUUAUUUUUCCAUAUUUUCAGUGGAAGUCAGGGAAUUGUUUUUGCAAGUUGAUUUGCUAUGAUACUCUUUUUCCCCAAGCAGUUCAAGGAAUUGCCCAUAAUUCCCAGCCUGGACCAGGCCCUCUUGGAAGUUCUCCACUUCCCUCCCCUCUGGACUCCCCAAGAAGAGAAAGCGAACAAGGCCUGACUACUGUCAGCUCAUAUUUUUUAGAACUUUUUUUUUCUAUGAUAAGUAAGCAGUGGCAAAACCCUUGGAAGAGUGGCUGGUAGUGUCUUUAGAAGAAGGCCCAUGCUGAGCCUUUUUAAUUUUUAAAUGAAACUGUUGAAAACUUUUUAAGCAUUUGUUAUACAGAACAGACUCAAGAUGCGUCAGUUGAUGUGCGGAUGGUUUAAAAUCCACAACCAAUGUCCAUCCAAGACACAAAUGAAACUGAUCUCUUCUCACCAUGCGAGUCUUGCACAUUUCUAGGGAAGUUUCAUUUUUCAAUUGAAACAGAAAACAUCUCAAUACAAGUGUAUUGGCGAAACAGUGCCAUCAACUGUCGGUCCAAUCGGACUCCGGGAUCCUGAAGAUCAUCAUCAUCAAUCUGUGAACGUUUUAGAUGAAUUGUCAGGAACGGGGAGCCAGGUCCAAAGAAAGGUAAAAGUCUUUUGUUCGAGGUGGAGUUUAGGGAGAUUUUCUUGCUUAUUGCUUGGUAGGACUGGUGGUAUCUUGUGUUCAGAGGGGGUGUGUGCAGUGGAGGAGAAAGUUCUAAAUCAUAGUCAUCUGGCAUAGUGUAGUGUCCAAUGGUCCUACCAUGGGAGAUCGGCUAUUAUGACAUGAUCUUACUCCUAAUGAGCUAGUGUUCUCCUUAAGUUGUGACUGGUUCUGCAAAUGAAUCAGGAGUGCGAAGAUGGAUUGUUAUAAUGAUGUGCCGCCUCAUCCUGCAGCUUGAAUGCCUGGUCCACACUCCAGUUGCUCUUGGAAAUCUAGUCAUUUGCACAUUCUUUCUUGGGUUGGCUGGGGCGCUGCAUUCCUGUGGAUAAACCUUUCUGGAGCUUUAGACAGCAGCCAGAAGACCUGCAACAAAAGCCACAAUCAAGCUCCUCCACCAGAGCGAAUGAGAAGUGACCCCCAGCCCACCAGAUUCUGGAAGGAUAUAGUUCACAGUAAACCACUCUCCCCAGCCCAGCAGCCAGCUCCUUUCUAAUUUUAGUCGACUCUUUAAAUAGUUAUCUCCUCCGCAUUGCACAAAAGUUGUCUUUGAAACCUAAGCCAUCGAGGAUUCAUCUGUUGAGCAACAAACCACUGACUGUGCAGUGAGUUAUGGGGAUUCCAUCCCUUUCUGAGCUCUUCCCUGCUCUUGGUUGUGCAGCUGCCCCAAUUUGUGCAGGGCCCUGGUUGUGGGUUGCCUUGGAUAGGAAUCUGCUUCUGUAGCUCUUAGACUUGGAGACUGGGCUUUGCUCUUCUAAAUUUGGAUCUUGGGAAGGUUUCUCUAGCUAGUGUUUUCUUCCCCUUUUUCAACAAGAAAAAAAGCCCUAUGCUAAUAAGGAAGUAUGCUCUGCCUCGUUCUGAUGACUCACCCAUCUGUCUUUGGGACUCCUAAGAAAAUUCCUCUCGGCCAUCAUUUUGGAUUGGAUUAAGCUUUUUGACUGCAGUGUCAAACUGUAGGUCUUAUGGUCUUCCCCAUCUUAAUGCCGGCUCUGAGAUUCAGCCCUCUUGCUGUUGAUCGAAGUGAAUGCCUUAAAAGGGAUUAGGAUGCAAAAUGUUUUUUGCCAGAUCACCGCUGAUCGGCCCCUUUGACAGCCCAGCCAGAAAUGGGAGGAAGGAAACGCUAUCUGCCCCUGCACUCCAGUGCCAAGCACUGCAUCGGUUGGCUCCAGACAAAUGUUUGCCAGGGCACAUGCCAGGGAAUUCAGAAAUGUUUCCACUUUCAGAACGUUGCACUACUUGACAUGUUCAAUCCCUGUGCCAUGUGUUGUGAUAUCCAAGGGGCUGCUUUAUUUUCCAUUGUUGUUGGAGCCGCGGUUGCUGCAACAGCGUCCCGAGAACAUUAUGAUAGUAAUGGUGUAAGAAAAUGAUUCUGAGAGUAAAAUAAAUAUUUGAUCCUAUGCUGUGUAAACAAUAUGUUCGUAAAUGUUUUAAGGCUCACUCAUUCUUUAUUAUGGUUCUCAUCUUGAUAUCUCCCUCCCUCCUGUGGAAUAAAACUGCUCUCUGACUUCAAA